AUGUCUCUCAAAUUGUCCGUUUACACCUGCCCGCCAAUCCCGACCAAGGUGCCUUCUCCAGACGUCUCAUCCGAGGACUCGGGCCUUUGGUCACCUCUCUCAAUCACUCUGCUCUACACUCCCACGGCUGCCCUCGUAGUGGAUUGCCCUGCCACCGUCAAUCCUACACGCGAACUGGCAGAAUGGAUCAAAUCUCAGCUGCCUCCUAAUAGCACUCUCAAGUACUUUGUCUGUACUCAUGCCCAUGGGGAUCAUUUCCUCGGUCUCCCGGUCUUGGAAGAGCAUUUUCCCGGGUUGCAAGCUUAUGCUACCAAGGCCGUCGCUGAAGGAAUCGAUCUACAGCAAUCACCAGAAAUCAGGGACGCGGUCUGGGCCAAUACGUUUCUUCCCUCUAAGGAUGGUUCUGGUUUACCGGAUGCGAAGUCCGUUUUUCUGGCUCUUCCAACAUCCAAUGAAUUCAAUCUCGACGGUCACCUGUUCAAGCUAUACGAUGUCUCUCAUGGCGACACACACGCUAAUUCGUUCAUCUACGUUCCCGAACUGGAUCUUGUUGUGGCAGGCGACAUUAUCUACAACGGCGACUGCCACCAGUGGUUAGGCGAGGCGUCAAGCCCAGAGAAACGAGCCCAAUGGCUUGCAGCUCUUGAGCAGAUAAGCGCCCUGAGGCCUAGGAUUAUCGUCCCUGGUCACACAUUCACUCCAUCAUCGACGCCGGACGAGCAUAUAGCAACAGCCAUGCUCACAAGCACGGCAGAUUACAUCAACGGAUUCGAAAAGGAGCUUGCAGCUGCCACAAGUGAGCGGAAUCUCUUUGAGAGAAUGCAAUCCCGAUAUGAUCGGUGGAACUUGUACCUGCUCGCGGGAAGCUCAAAAGCCGGAUGGAACAAUCGCAUGCUCUGA